AUGUCUACCUCUCCAUCCGAUGAAGCCGCCCAUCAUGCGCCGGCCAAUCCGACGUCUCCUGGUUCCUCCAAAGCCAGUCGCCCGCAAACCGCCACUGGCCUCCUUCCACCUCAACAUUGGAUACAGCUAACCGAGGAAGAUGAUGCACCGGACGAUACCGACUCGACCCUGUCUGAUAAUGCUAGCUCAACUGCAUCCCUGGCUUCUAGCAUCCUCCAGUACAGGACGCUUCACGGCAGGUCGUACCAGAGUGAGCGGGGCAAUACCAACUACUGGGGCCCCAUCGAUGAUCUUCAACAGGAGGCAAUGGACAUCAACCAUCAUGUGCUUACGCUGCUACUGGGCGAUAAGCUCUACUUGGCACCCAUCUCAACGGAUAUCCAGGCGGCGGUAGAUAUUGGAACUGGCACAGGAAUAUGGGCUAUGGAAUUCGCUGAUAUGUUUCCCAAUGCCUCGGUUGUUGGGACUGACCUUGCACCCAUCCAACCAACUUGGAUACCACCAAACCUCGAGUUCCAGAUAGAUGACUGCACCCAAGAAUGGUCCUUCGCCUCCGCGUCCCUCGACUACGUCCACAUACGCUGGCUAGUCGGCAGCAUCGUAGACUGGACAGCCCUCUUCAAGCAAGCAUACAAAAGCCUGAAGCCGGGAGGAUACGUAGAGAGCUACGAGCCAGGCUCCCGCGUUGAGAGCGACGACGGCACAGUUCGUGAAGGAAGUGCUUUGAGUCAGUGGGAGAAAUUCUUUGUCGAGGGCGGACGCAAGCUCGGUCGACCUUUCACCAUCUUCGAAGAGGGGAUACAGAAGGCCGCAAUGAGAGAUGCUGGAUUUGUUGAUAUUGAAGAAAGAGAUUUCAAGAACCCCGUUGGCGGGUGGCCUAAAGAUCCAAAGCAGCGGAGCAUCGGACAGUAUACGCAAGCCGCCUUCGAACAAGACGCCAAGGGAACGGUGCUGCAUAUGGCGACUUCUCUUGGAUGGACGGAAAGAGAGAUUACCGUCUUUGUCGCUCAUUUGAAGCGUGAUAUCCGGUCGCCAAAGAUUCAUUCGUAUUAUAGGCAGAAGGUGGUUUGGGGAAGAAAGCCCAUUUGA